AUGGAACGUGCACGCGUUCGCUACGUUCUGACGGGGGCCUGUCCGGUAGCCUACUCGGGACGUGUACUGCACACCUACGUUCAACUUCGGCAACCGGAUGGCUCCGCCACUCGUAUCGACACACUGAAGACGAAUUUCUGCACCAACUUGGCAGCUGAUAUGAAGGACCUCGCGGAGUCCAUUCCCGCUGUUCGGAUCCGCGUGCUUAAAGCGGGACGCGUGCUGAGUGAUAGCGACUCGUUGCUGCAGCAUCUCACGCCCGCGGAGAUGGAGACAUGCCUUGCGUCGGCCGACGAAACGGCUGGAGAUGCGAACGGAAUGCUGCAGAAACCCUCGGUGUUGGUGCACAUCGUUUUCCAGAAGCAACCCCCCCCACCGGUAGAAAACCCGAAUAAAGAGAAAAACAAGGGGAGCAACACGGCGGAGGGUGGCAAUUCGGGCGAGGGGCACGAGGCGAAGAAGGAUAGCUGCUGCUGUGUUAUGUAG